GUACAUGUAAUGCCGGAAGCUUAAAGCAUGGAUAAAACUGCUCAAAGCAGAAAAGCACACAAACCUUUGGAAGCAUACAAGACCUAAAAUGACUCACAGACUAAUAGCACCAGCACUAGCCACGUGCGUCAUCUUAGCUUUAUGCUUAAAAUACCACACAGCUCAAUCAAGUACCAUACGGGAAAGAUGUCAAUGCCUAAACACAGUGGACGCAGUCAAAGGAAGGAGAAUAUUUGAUUUCAAAGUAAUUGAGAAAUCUUCAAUAUGCAAGAAUGACCAGAUUAUCAUGACAUUCAAAAGUGGAAAGCAAGUUUGCCUAAAUCCAAACAAAGCACAAGGAAGGAAACUCAAAAAAUGCUGGAAGAGGUUUGAAGAGAAGAAGCGAUGCUUCCAAAGGAAUGGACAGAAAAAAAACAGAAAGCAGAAGAAGAGUUCCUAAGAUGAUAAAACGACAACAAUUGCUGUUUAAAUGAUGGGGGCAAAUAUGUCCAGUUUAUGUUAAUCUAUCCAGCAAGCUUCCAUUCAACACUGCCAAUAUCUUUAAAAGAAACCAAAACGUGGCUCUUGAAAUACAAAGGAGACAAUCUUUCAGUGAAGAUGUAUUACAGGUUGCAAACCUCAGAUACGCUUACAAAAAUAAGAAAAUACACCUGUUUUAUUAUUAACCAUUCCUAAUUAGGGAAUAAGAUUUUGUGUGCAGUAAAACAUUUUAAUUUUUGGGAGAAACUAAUAUAAAAUAUUUUAAAUUUUCUUUAGAGAUUUUACACAUCAUCUUCACUGUUUGCUACUAUUACAAGAAUAAAAUAGCAUACAAAACCUCUGACAUUGCUAACUCAGGUGUUGCCGACCACAGCUCAGAAUGUUACAUUUUCGUAAGUUAUGAACUUUGAUCCUAAUGACCUGCUGUGACUUCUGGCUUUUCUCCCAACCAAUAUCUUAAUUGGAAGCUGAUCAUUACUGUUACUUUAUUAAUUUAAAAAGAUGGCUUUGUCCAACUGUGUCCGCAGUCUCAAAGUUUACCAUAUGCAAAAGCUACACAUCUCUUCGCAAGUAGAUAUGGAUUAAUGCACAGAAUUCCAGUCAGUGUAAAUUUUUAUAUUAUUUCAGUUCAUUUGCUCACUAUGAUUGAACCUUUAAUUGCUCCUUUUAAACAACAAUAUGAAGCAAUUAAGAAAGCAACCAUUAAGCUUUGCAUCUUAUUUUAGUAUCAUUUGUGUAUUCUUCAUAGAGUACUAGGUCCCAUCUUGAAACAAAAUAUCUCCAACAUAAAACGAUAAUGCUGAAGAGGAAACUAAUGCACAUACAGCAGGUGCUCUUUUGACAUUGCUAUUGACAAAAAAAUGAAAUCUUCUGUUAAAAGCAAGAAUUAUGCUAUUAUACUGAAAUAAAACUAUAUUUGAUAUCCAUUCUACUCCUGAUGUUAAAUGAAAUAAACAAAAAAAAAUACAACUAUAACAAUAACCAGAUUAAGGUAUUUAGUACUUGUAUAAUGCUGUUAACCUAGUUAGGACUUGGCACCCUUGUUAAAGAGAAAGCACAUUUUUUUUUUUUUUUUUUAAAUUUUAAAUUACUCUAUCCGGGCAUUAAGAAAGUAUUGAACAUGUGCAAAACUAAACUAGGGUUAGCACAGAGUGGGAGGUCAUUGUCUUUAUAUAGUAUAUUCUUCCCAACGUGCAGUUAUAAGUACUCAAUGGUAGUGUAAAUAACAGCAGUACGCAAUGCUUUGUUUACACCUAAAAUGUCUAGCAGAUUGUAGUACAUUUCUGUUAAACAGAAAAUAUAGCUGGUGAUUCAAGACACAAGUUACUGUUCAAGUUAAGCACAAUUCAAACAUAAAUGAAUCUUUUCUGUUGAGUGUUCUAUUGUAUGAAACUAUUUUUAAAUAUGUUCUAUUUUUUGUAUAUAUUUGUAUGUCACUCCGUUCUUUGUUUUGAGAUAAUAAAAUUGUAUUUAUGUAUACCCUAAUAUUAAACACAGAA